AUGUCGAUGCUGCAGCGCAGUCUUAACCAAACCGUCUCCCGCGCUGCUAUGCCGGCCGUGCAAGGUGCUAGGGUCGGGGGGAACCUUGCACGUGCGGCCGGGCGUCUGGCGGCUCGCGCGUUGGAGGGCGAACGAAUGGGUGCAAAUGGGUCGGAUACGGCACGUGCAGGAGCUGGUGGAGGAGAUUCGCUCGCGCGGACUGCUGCUCAUCGUCGCCGCGUGACAAGCCCCGCGCUGCUCCUCAACCUGCUGGUGGCCCUCGGGAUCCUCGCCGCAGCUCACGUCCCCCCCCUCUCCCCUUCCCCCUACCAUCCCUCCAACGGACCUGUGACCCGUGCCAUAACAAGCCUCUCGCUGCUCCUCAACCUGCCAGUGGCCCUUGGGAUUCUCGCCGUCGCUCGCUGGCUCAUGCUCGAGGUGCAGGCGCGCGCCAAUGCCAGCCUGCCACGUGUGCACUACGAGCAGGUGCACGCGCCCUUCCAGCCAAUCACGUCUGCUGACGCCCUCCCGCGGCCGUCAGAGCCGGCCGGGCUGGCGCUGGUUGGAUCGCCGCUGGUGGAAGCUUCUCUUGAUGAGUUUGUGCGCUCCAUUAUCAGGGACUUUGUGACGAACCAGUUCUAUGCGUACCUGACACCAGACAGGGAGAUGCCAGAGGAGCUGCGGUGUGUGCUGCUGGCCGUGCUGGGGGAGGUGGCACGGCGGGCCAAGCGGGUCAACCUCGUCGCCCUGCUCACCAGGGACGUGGUGGGAGCGGUGGUGGGGGCAAUGGAGCAGUACCAGCGCGCGUGUGCGGACAUGGGCGAGGGGAAGGGUGAGUGGAGGCGGGUGGCGGCAGGGGAGAGGGAGGAGCGCCUCAAGCACACCCUGGGGGCUUCGGGCGACCUCCACCCUGCAUGCCUCUCUGUGGAGUGCGAAUACAAGGUGGUGCGGAAGCUAGUGGCAGCACUGUUGGCGCUGGUGCUGCCAGCAAGCGAUGCACAGAGCAAGGUGGUGCGCUGCAUGGCUCGCGAGCUCCUCUCCUGCUGCGUGCUGCUGCCCUCCCUCAAGCAGGCCAACCCGCGAGAUGUAGGUUCGGCAGCAUCGGCGCCGGUCCUGACUGCUUCGGUCUCCCCGCUGAGUGCUGCGGCCGCUUCCCUUCGACAGCAGCGGCAGGAACAGUGGCAACAGCAACAGCAGCAGCAUCAGCAACAGCAGCAGCAGCAUGGGCAAUCACAGCAGGAAUUUUCACCCCAGCACGGAUCGUUGCAGGGCAAGGGCUCUCGGAUGGGCGCCUCUUUAAGGAGGCGAGUCCCUCGCAGCCGCAGCAGGCGCAUGCGGGCCACAGGGUCGCCCAGUGGAGGCUCAUUCGGGGGAGGCGUAUCUGGUCCAGGUGGGACGUACGGGGCAGGUGCAUUCGGGGGAGGUGCAUCUGGUGGUAGGGGCAGCAGCAGCAGCAUGCGGCGGCGUGCUGUGUUGGGGUUGGGGGGAGACAGUGCGGGGGACGAUGACAGCCUGGCAGAGGGCACCAGUGACGGUGGCGUGGUGGGCAUGGGCUUCAGCACUGAUGAGGAAAACGGCUCUGCUCAUGUUCAUAGCUCUUAUCCUGCUCGUCACGGUGGCGCUGUUGCUGCUGCUGGUGGUGGUGGUGCUGCUGCUGCUGCUGCGGGUGCUGGGCCUGGUGGCAGUCGGGGUGGUGGAGGAGUAAGAGAGAAGCGCAGACCUGGUGGAGGGUCGGGAGCAGCUGAUUCGCCUCAGAUUGCGCCUCCCCAUGCCAUGCCUCCCCAGGAUAAGCCUCCCCCGGGCCGUUCCCCUGGGCUGCUGCAGCCUAUGAGUGCAUCUUCCUCAAUGGCGUCCCUGGCCCCUCAGCUCAUCGCCGCCACACCCCUUCCUCCGCACCCCUCUGGCCCCUCCGGUGGCUUUAAUGGCUCUCCUGGGUUUGGGGGGUCGGGUGGGUCUACUGCUGGUGGUGGUUCGGGAAGCCAAGGCAUGCUGAGCAGCAGCGGCGAGAAGCACGGGGGCUUUUCUUUGCACUCCCACCAGCUGUCAAGCGAUUCGGGCUAUGCCCAGCCUGCUGCACCUGCUGCUGCUAGAGGCUCAUCUUAUCACAUUCCGCCUCCUCCCCCUGAUGUAGCUGGUCCGUUUGUCCAUCCCAAUGAUGGGGCUGCUGUGGCUGCGGUUGAAGGGGCUGAUGGGGUGGGGCCGCGGUGUGGGAGAAAGGCAGGGAGGGAGAGGGAGGUGGAAGGGAAGGUGUUUGACCGGGUGAGGAGCGAGCCGUGUGAAGCGAGUGAAAUGUGUGUGGCAGGUGGGAGGAGCAAGGGUGAGGAGGUCGCAAUGCGGUUACCGGGUGACGAUGCUGACUUUGUGCAGGCGUUGAAGCGGUACGAGCAGCGGCAGCUGCAGGUGCUGGACAGCGAGCAGAUUGAUAAGCUCUGGUACACCGAUGGGCACGGCAGCAAGGAGUCUAUUCGGAAUGGCUGCGGGGAGCCAGAUUGGAAGGGCGGGACGGAAGGAGGCAGUUGUAGCAAGGGCGUUGGACACAGUAAGAGCUGCCAGGAGGUUUACUAUGGGGAGAGGGAGGGAGGAGUUGCGCCUGGGGAGGAGCAAGAAUUGCUUAUGGGGAUUCACAAGCAGCAGCAGCAGCAGCAGCAGCAGCAGCAGCAGCAGCAGCAGCAGCAGCAGCAGCAGCAGCAGCAGCAGCAGCAGCAGCAGCAGCAGCUGCAGCAGGCUGCUCCCCCACAGUUUGCCCCCCCGCACUCGCAUGAGGCGACGAGGAACGGCAAGCGAGAGCGAGAGAGGCCUGUGAAGGGGGAAAAAUUCUGGAGGGGUGGGUCUGUGAAGGAAGAGAGAGGGAUGACUGACCCCACGGAAGCUGCUGCUGGUAGUGCAGGCAGUGGUGCUGGAAGGAGAACGAAGGAGAACGAGCGCGAGAUGCUAUGGGAGUCUGUGUGCUCGGACGAGGAAUUAGGCGGUUUCAGGAGAACUGCUGCUGGUAACGCUGGUGCAGGUGGUAACAAUGGCGGUGGUAACCGCAACGAUGGCGCACGCAGCGGGAGGUGGAGCGAGGAGCUGGAGAUUGGGGUGGCGGUGCGCGGGCUGGGGUUUCUGGUGGAACAGUCGCCUGGUACAAUGCAGAUGAUGCAGAGGAAGGGCGCUGGAGGAGCGGCAGAGGACGGGGAAGGAGGAGGAGGAAGAGGAGUUGGUGGUGGGGGUGGAAGAGGAGGGGUGGAUGCAGCUUCGGGAGGCGGUAGAGGGGCUGGAAGGGUGAGGCAGGGAGUGGGUUCGAGUACAGAUGGGGCGAAAGGGGUGUCAGGGGCACAGCAGUCGCAGGCACAAGGCGGCUGGGCUGGUGUGUGGACCACAGUGGCUGCAGGAGUAGCAGGAGCAUCUGGUGUGGCAAACCGAACUCAAGGCGAGACGAGGCCCAUCGCAGGAUCAGCAGCAACAGCAGGAGGGGCAGCAGCAGCAGCAGCAGCAGCAGCAGGGUCUUGGCUGAGUUUUGUAGGGGCUGGCCCCAAGUCAGACCCGGGAGGCAGAGCAGCAGGUGCACACAGGGACACGGCUGAAGCUGCAAACACAGCGGCUGGGGGAAUGGGUCCUGAGGGGGGGAUGUGUGCAGGGGUGGGGCGUGGGUGGGAGAGUUCGGUUUCAGGGGCAGGGGGGCGUGCAGGGUCUGCCUCACAGGGAGAUGGGGGUGGGGAUGAUGCGCGGUCGGUACUGUCUGCUGCUGCUGCCACUGCUGGGUGGGUGGAGCGGAAUCUAGCAGCGUUUGGGCUGGCUGGUGCGUUUGGGAUGAGAGGUGGGGGCGGUGGGGAUGCGGGUGAGAAAGGGGGGAAGGAAGGGGCGAGUGGUGGAGAGAUGGGUGGAGUGGGUGGGGGUGGGAGUGGGGAUGACAGGGUGCUGCUGGCUGAAGCGGCAGAGAGGGAUCCGUUGAGUGUGGUGCGGCAGUGGGAGGCGGAAGAGGAGGUGGAGGGAGUCAGGGAGAGGCGUGAAUGGGAGAAGCAGGGUGAGCGGCAGCAGGAGCAGAAGCAGCAGGAGCAGAGGUGGCAGCAGCAGGAGCAGCAAGGGGUGGUGCAGGGAUGGCGCUCGCGAGAUGGGGUUGAGGAAGGGAAGUACACGGCAGGAACAUUCUUAGACUUGGAAGGUUUGGGCAUGGAAGAGGAGGAGGAGGAAGAGGAGGAAGGAGGAGGGCUGCUGCUGAGUGCACGUGUGAAAAAGGGGCGCAGUGCAAUUCGUGCAUGGGACGGCCCUGGUAGUAGAAGCCGGGGCAUUGGUGAUGCAAUGGCGGGGGGGAUGGGGGGAGUGGGGGGGGGUGGGAGGAGUGGGGGGAAUGGGAUUAGUGGUGGAAGGGGAGGAGGGAAAGGAGCAAGGGCUGCGGCCGGCGUGGUUGCUGGAGAGUAUCGCAACUUCUGGCAGCUGCACCAGCAGCUGAAGCGGCGCAGCCCGUCAGCAAGCAGCCUGCAGCUGCCGCCCAAGCGGUUCUUCCAUGGCGGGCGCGACGAGGAGCUCAUUCGGGACCGGCUCGUGCAGCUGCAUGCUUACGUCAAGGGCAUCAUGACUCGUGAGGAGCUGGCCACAUCGCCAGAGGUUAUUGACUUCCUCUCCCCCGACUCCAAGGCCUAUGACUCCAACAUCACCGUCUCAAAGGCCAUCUCUUUUGCCUUGAGUGUAGACGAGGUGACAGACGACUUGCAGUGGCAGCGCGUUAAAAGCACAUUUCAGCUGCAGCUGCUCUCCACCAUUGCUACUAACGGGGAUGACACCAGCUCUGUUGCCACGUCCCCUCGCUACAGUCACCACCCCGCCCGACCAACCAGCAGCCGCCACGUGGCGGGGAUGGGUGAGAAGGAGGCGGCUAGAAGAGCUGGGAUUGGACGACAGAGACAAGAAGUUGGCAGUGAUGGUAGUGGGAGGAGUGGGGAAGGAGGUGGUGGUGGGUGUAGAGUUGGGCUGCGCGGUCGAGAGGAGUUGAGGAUGGUGAAAGGGGAGGGCCGUCCUUCUACAGUAUGGGAAGGAGUAGGGGAGUGGUCUGAGGGGAUUCGAGAAGAAGGGUGCGAGACGGGGGAUGAGGAGGAGGGCGAGGGUGGGGUAUUGGGAGAGGAGAGAAGAGAUGCUUUGGCUGGGCGGGAGAUUUGCAGUGAGGGAGGGAGGAGAGAGGUUGACGGGGGGUUGAAGAGGCGUGUGGGGCCAAGGGGUGGGAGCGCGAUCGGUGGGAGUCUGAUGGAUGGAGGGGCGAGGGGUGGAGGUGCGGAGAUGGGCGGGGAGAGGGAGGCAAAUGGGGAGGACGAUGUGUUCAGUUAUGGGUCGAGACAGAGCCUUGGCGGGCUGGAGUAUGACCUUCAAAGGGCGCAGGGGGAAGGAGGUGGGCAAGGCGGUUCAGGUUUUGUUGGGAGAGGAGAAGCUCCGGCAGGGCUGUUCGAAGCAGAUGGUGACUGUGAGGAUGAUGAGGAUGAGGAGGAGGAUGGGGUGGUGGCAGAAGCAGUCCGUCUACGUGGCUUGCAUGCGCCACCAGAUCAAGGAGGACGUGUGGAGCGAGGAGCCGAGGAAAGGGAUGGCUCUGUCAGAAGGCACAAUGAGGGGAGUGCACUUGACGCCACCGUUCCUGCUGAUUGGACUGCUGCAAAGCUGAGUGCGCCGCUCCUGCGGCUGGUGGAAGUGUUGCUGCACCUCGACGACCAUGGCUGGAUAAGGCGGCAGGUUGUGUGGGUGGCUCGGCAGGUGUUGGAGCUGAGCAUGGGGGAUGCCAUCGAUGACUUCCUGCUCUCACAGAUCCAAAAGCUCCGCACAGAAUCCACCGUCGCCACUAUCAUUCGCUCCCUGCACCAGAGGUUGUGGCCGGAUGGCAUAUUCUACUCGCGCCAUCCAAAUUACCGGGCCUCCGUGGCAGCUUCUAGCUCCCGCACAGGCUCGUCUGCUCCUGCUGUCACUCGUCCCGACCCUCUUGGGCUCAACGUUCCUCCUGAGUCCUUCCAGCAGCGACUGGAGGCUGCUGAUAAGGCUGCCAGAGUUCAUCAGCUUCUGAUUGGUAAGUCGUUAUAG